GAGUACUCUCCUCAACUUUCCAUUUUUUGUUUAGGUCAGUAGCUUUACUCUGAGAUUUGAUACAAUGAAAGCCUUUUUGGAAUUAGGAGUGCUGUGCCUUUUAGCUUGCUUGAUUUGGGCUGAUCACCAUCAACAAGUGACUGUGGAAUGCACCCUUCUCAUGUUCCGGGUGUCAGUGAAAAAAAAUCUAUUUAGAUCUGGAACAUUAGUGAGACCUGAAGAACUAACGCUUGGUUCGGGUUGUCCAGUUAACGGGGAGUUUCCAGAUAAAUAUGAGCUAUUUUAUUCUGUGACCGAGUGCGGGAUUCAAGCUCUGGCUAUGGAAACGCAUGUGAUUUAUAGAACGGAUCUCCAUUAUAUCUCAUUAUAUCCUGUUUUUGGUCAUCGUUCACGUGAUUUCCCCUUGUCCUGCAAAGUGUUCAAGGGACUACAGUUCUCUGAUUCAGAGGAAGAUGAAACCAUUCUACCACAAAGCAAAAGAAGAGGUGCCGUGAAAAUGUGGCCUUCUUUGGGCCCCCCCCAAUGGAGUCCGGAAUACCAGGCAAUGAUGAAAAAACGGAACGAAGACCUUUUAGCACGACAGAAUGAAUCUUGCCCCGUGGAAUCCUGCUCCGCCUUGACUCAGAGCUCUCCAGUUUGCCACCUUUUCCAUGGAGAUAUUGGACUGCUUGCAUCUUGAGAGACUACUGAAGGGGCAGCCAAGGACAGUCAACUUUGUGAGCCUCACAACUCUGGUUCUGAACUUCAGAAACUGGCAUUGCCCAAGCUCUCCCUGCUGAGCUUUUUGUCCUUAAAAAUUUUUUUUUUAAGGAAUAAAUCUCCCUAGCAUUGCCCUUAUUUUAUAAUUCCUGUACAGAAGGGGACUGUGUAGGUUUUAAAUUUUAAUGUUCAUGUCUCAUUUUUAAUCUGUUACUAAUAAUUCUAAUUUGUGCUAAUAAAUAAAAGCAUGGAAAUAUUUGAUAAAAAUACACGCUGCUUUUACUUUUUUACCAUUG